CUUAGAUGACCUGUCUACUUCCUCAGCAAGUGAAGUAAUCACUGUUUUUGGAAGUAGUUAUGUAAGUCCAGUGAUUCCACCUAGUAAGCCAUCUGAAGUCAGUGUUAUUUCUCCAGUUAUUUCAUCUGAAAAUUUAGGCCAUUCAGAGAUAAUGUCUGUUACCUCAGUAUUUGAUUUUAGUUCAGAAUCUUCUAUGAAUUCUGUACUUGAUAGUGUGAAACAGGGCACCUCUUUCAGCCCAUUGGCACCCUCUAGUGAAGAAUUAUAUGAUCUCAGUUCAUCUUUGAAUUUAAUUGAUGGGGCAGAAAUAUCAAAAGGGGUUGUUUUGCCUUCUGCAUCGGAUUUUACUAUUUAUCUAACAUCCUCAGAGCAGCAUAGCCCAACUUUAUUAGUGGAUGUGUUCGGUUACUUUGCUACUGUGAUCUCAUCUUCAUCAACGGCAGAGGUGUUUAAAUCAACCUCAGUUUUGACAGAGAGAAUCUCUUUGUCAGCAACAACUUUGAUAAGUGCAGAAAUCUUAGGAGGAACAUUGGCAACACUUGAAGCGCCUGAAUCAUCAGCAACAGGAACAUCCCUUACAACAGUUUCUGCAAUACCCAAUACAGGGUCUCCAUCAACAACACCGCCUGCAGUGAUUGUCACUAUGUCCCCAGAGGCAGAGGAGAACCGCAUGGUUCUUACACUGCAUAUCCCAUUCACAGAGAUGGUUUUAGAAGGGGAAAAAUUGAUAAGGGAAAUUGAGAAAGGACUUGUGAUAAGCUAUCACCUGGCAGUGAAGAAAGUAAAUCAUAGCCGAAGCAAACGACAGGCUGGUCUUGGGACUUCACAGGAUGUAGAAGUUCAUAUAACAGAAGUAAAGAAUGCCACCAACAGUAAUUAUAACGAUCUUGUAGAUGUUAUAUUCUACAUGACAAAGAAUGGCAGUGUCAUGAAAUCAGACCACAUAGAGAAGACAUUUAACAAACUGAGCAACUCUGAAUUGAGUCUCAAAGUUGGAUAUGCAGUAGAAACAGGUGUGAGGCCUCUGGUUACCAGGAAGGAGAACCCCACAACACGUCCAAGUUGGCUAAUAGCUGCCAUAUCCGUUCCAGUUCUGUUGGUCAUCAUUCUACUCCUUGUCUCAGUAUACUUGUGGAAGAAUAUGACUUGUGGUGCGGAGGAUCAUGUAGAGAGGGGGCCAAAGGAAAGUCUUGAAAUGCAUAAUCUUGGAGUGGAUGUUGAGAGAGGAGCAAUUGUACAGAUUGGACGUAAUGGAAAGUCCCUGCCACUCCUGGAUACACCCAGCGUGUCACCCAUGAAACCACCAAAGAUGAAAAAUGAAGAAAAAGAGAAGAACUUGUGUAACUCUGACACGAUAGAACAUGAACACAGAAUGAUGAGGUCGCGGGAAAUCAGUAAUGUAAGUGGACGCUCGUCGAAAGGCAAACAGAAGAGGCGCAUUCUAGAGGUUGAAACUGAUGAAUCAGACAGAGAAAGCCAAACAUCCUCUGCUUCUUCGAGAGAAGGUGAAUCAGACAGGGAGCUUAGCAGGCAGGAGACCAAAGAAGUAAACAGAGCAUCUCAUUCAAAGACUGCAAAGUCUCGUAAGAAAAGUAAAGGGAAGAGAAGACUCCCCCCCUUGAGACCAAAGAAAUCCUCUAAGGUGGCACCACUGGUAGUGAAGUCUGCCCUGACCACUUCUCAUGAAAGUCUAACAUCUGAUGCAGGAAAUAUGGAUGAAGAGGCAGAGGUUCAUGAGGCAGCAGUUUUUGAAAACAUUGCCAAACUGAGCAGGAUUGAAGAACCUCCUCCUGCCAAACCUGAACGUCCUCCUGUACGCUUUAAAAACAUUAUUACCCCUGCCCCAGGACCUGCUCUCACUGCAUAUCUGUCCUCUCUUCCACCACUGGAUAUACAGGAAGAGGAGGAAGACACAGUUGCCACGGAUAAGAAAGAAAGUAAAACUGGGAUACCUAUAAAAUUGGUGGACCCUUUCCGUGAAGAAGAACAAAAUGGUAGUGACCCAGACAUUACAUUAAAAGAAAAGGCUGCCAUUGAAAGAAUGAAAAAUAAACAGAGGCAUAGAGAAAAGGCAAAGCAGGAAGAGAAAAAGAAAAGGAGAUCAAAGAAGACCAAAGAAGAAAGACAAGCAUGGGACAAGGCACAGUCUCAGAUAGAGGCAGUGUUACAGUCAGAUGACCCACCUACUGUUCCUCACAAAAAGCAGCAUGAUGCAAAGUCACAAAGACAGAACCAGUCAAGUGAGGAUGAGGAAGAAAUGGAAGAGAGAAAACCUACGAGAAAUAUGAGAGCUGGUCACAAGAAACAACCUAGGCAAGAGACAGAGUACUCUUCACGGCCAUUCCUUACAAAACCUCCAGCACAUGAUGCAUGGCAGGCAAACUCAGAGCUACCAGGGUUUACCAGGGUGGCAGCCACUCCUGCACAGCAGAAGGAACUGAUGAAAAAGCAGCAUUCUUUGUUGGCUAAGCAGCAGAUGCAGCGAGAACAGCAUGAAUACAAAAAAUCUCUAGAGGAGCAUGCGAGGCAGCUCAUCAAUGAAACACUAGUGCAGCAGGAUUUAGAGACUGAAAAUGAUGACAGUGGCAGUGACAAAGUAACCAGUAAAGCAGAUCGUUCUAAAAUGCCAAUUCACAAACCACAGGAACACGAAGACUCUGCUGUUGAGACAAUCUUGAAAGAAGGGCGUAUUUUGCACAGUCGUGAAACACCAAGGCGGAAUGCAGACUCCAGUCCUUUUUCUCGAGAGAACACUAAAGAUUCAGUCAAUCGACUUAAUAGAAAAGAAAGCUCAUUUGAUAUGACAUUAAAAGAGGAUCUCAGAAAGGUUAUACAAGAUGAACUGAGAAGUCUAAAUCGCUAAAUAUUUUUCUUGCCAUUUAAAGAAAGCUGAACAUUUGCUUUCAAUGGUAGCAGUAGCUAAUACCUCCUUAUCAAGGUUGUGAAUGUGCAAUUUUUUAGAUGUGAUGAAGGGUCUAGGCUGAUAUGACUGAUAAGAUUUACUUUUCAGGUCGUUAUUGAUACAACACUUCUUAGGAAAUUCAAAAAGGCAUGGCUAAAUUAUAGAAUAUAUGUCUUCCCAUAUGGUAAUAUUAGUUAGCAAAUUGAUCUGUUUUAUGCUUUUGAAAAAUUUCUGCUAUUGUCAUGCCAACCCUAACCAUACACAUCCGGCAUUGCUCUCUUCCCUAGAUACACCCAGGUGCAGAUGGGUAGAGUUCUUGAUCUAGUGCAAUCAAUCCUUGACAAUCAUGUGUAUAAUUGACUUUUGCAUUGUCAUAAUGAUGGAAUAAGGAAUUAAAGGAGCUAGAAUUAAACCCAAAGAAUCAUGAAAUCCAUUCUCUUAUACACACCAAAUAAGGGAAGAUUCCCCUGCUCAGUUGUCAACUAUAUGAUAUUGUUUGAGCAAAAAGGUCUGGAUAUUACAUUUUAAUAAAGAUCUGAUGAAAAAAAUUGUUUCUGUAUUAUGCCUUGCUUGAAUUUAAAGCAAAACAAUUUAUGUUCUGGGAAGAUAAGCAUGCAGAAUAGUUCGUUGCUGGGCCGUUCACUUUGUUAGGCAAUAUUGAAGAAUGCCUCCAAGCAGUUUGGAACUAGUGUUCAAACCAAUUUCUG